GAGACAAAUUCACCACUUUUUCGGACAACAAGAAUGAAUCAAAACAAUGGAAACAACUCUCGACUCUUUUCCCUAAUAGUGAAUACCCUUUGGAUGCCAUUCAUUGUAAUCGCAAUUUCAGUUCAUGUGAAUUAUAUAAAGGCGACAAAAGAAGAUUAUAUAAAAAGGAGUCAAACAUUUUACAGUUUGUAUUACAAACCGAAACUCUAGUCAAUAGUAGCGAACUUCCCGACAAUUUGGACGCGGGUUUUACCGAUGAAAACGGGGAUCAGAUUUAUGUCAAAAACAAUUAUCUCUUUAGGAAAGAGUACGGAAUCCUAAGGCAAAAACUAAUUCAACGCUUUUUUAAAUGCCCCGAAAAUUACUACAAAAAUUUAUCGUUUAAUGAAUUGAAUUCGUGGCAAAAGUUUAGUGAAGACAUAAAAAAAUAUGACGUAAUUGGUGUCAAAGAGCCUCCGAUUCCUAACCCAAUCACACCUAAACCCACGACUCCUGUGACCACUGAAUCUCCCGACACAACACAAUUCACAUUCUCGUCACAAACCACGCCUACUAAAGAUUAUAAGAAUUAUAUUAUAAUUGGUUGUAAACCACUAAUCCGGAAGAAGAGAAAGCGUUACGAAAAGAGAU